AUGCCAUCUUCAUCUAAAAGUCGUAGCUCACUUGGGUCGCGUAUCUCUGGUUCCUCGUCCCAGAAAGAUUCAUGGAAACGUGGAAAGGGAAGGGGUAAGGGCAAGAGCAAAGAACAACCCUCGAAAUCGACACUUCCGGAUCUUGACGGCCCUCUUCGUGACGCCACGUUCAUCGAGCAGGAGCACAGGAAGAACAUUGGUUCACGCCCUGACGUAAAACCUGUACUCGUAGAUAAUCCAAAGUCUCCUGUUGCUAAUUUUGCCAGUCACCACCUGGACAAGCAACCGACUUAUGAAGCAGUGGAGGGUGUUGUUUCUGGUACAUCCGAGAGGGUAUCUAGGGUGACCGUUACCCUCGAUACGACUCCUCCAGUGCUUGGUAUCGGCGACCAUAGAGUGAGGAGGGACGCUGAGAGGCUUGCAGCGCUUUCAGCUCUCUAUCAGCUCCAUGAUACAGGUCUGCUCGACCAGCCCAAAUCUUCAGCGUCCUCCAGUUCCGCUGCUCCGCAAGUCAUCGAGCUGAGUGACGGUUCAGUCGUCAACUACGAGCGCGCGCGAAACUUCAUGGACUACUACUGUCGCAAAUACGAAUUUGGAAAACCGGACAUCGAGCUGGAAGAACAACGUCAGGGGCGCGCGAAGUCAACUUGGGAAGCCGUCAUGACUGUGGGUGGCAAAAAGAUCGGCAUGGGCUCCGGCACAACCAAGAAAGUAGCACAAAUACAGUGCUACUUGGACGUCGCGCAGUAUCUACAGCAAUGUGAUCCUGACCUAUGGAAGACGUUUGUGGAGGCGUCCAAAACCGGAAAGGACCUUGGUCUUGCCCCGAAGGUUUACUUCCACAUCAGUACACAACUCGAGGAUUCGAUACACGAGCUAUGCCGUGAUAUCAAAAAGAGCACUUUAUACAGGAACAGACCCGCUAUUGGGUCUGGCUUGAUGGGCUCAGACACUCCAAGAUCUCACACUAGCCCCAUUCCUGCACCACGACCAUCCUAUGCCCGCAGGUUCCCUCGGGAUUUCUUGGCCCGAAGGUCAGAAGAACUCGAGGAACGGAGAAAAGCAUACCUCAAAGAUCCAGCAAUGGAAAAGAUGCGCAACACAAGAGCUGCGUUGCCCAUCUACACUCGGUCGGAGGAGCUUGUGUCGCAUAUCCGGGAGAAUGAUGUCACGAUUUGCAUGGCUGCUACGGGUUCAGGCAAAACCACGCAGAUACCACAGCUGCUCCUGGACGACUAUAUCGACAGGGGCGAGGGUGCUCGCUGCAACUUGAUUUGUACUCAACCCCGUCGACUGGCUGCACUCAGUGUAGCUGACCGCGUCGCCAAGGAGAGAGGGGAAGUUGUUGGUGAAGGAUCAAUUGGCUACAGCGUCCGUUUCGAGUCAAAAUUGCCAGAAGAGCAUGGCUCCGUGACUUUCUGCACCACGGGAGUGCUACUCAAAAAACUGCAGUCUGCAAUGGCUGAAGGCGGGCUCUCGGCUGCUAGGAUGGACGAAGUUACGCACAUCGUUGUCGAUGAAGUUCACGAGCGGGACGUUGAUACCGACCUACUCCUCGUUGUUCUCAAGCGUCUCAUGGAGGAUCGCAAGGCUCGGAAUCUUCCAUUGAAGAUUGUCCUCAUGAGUGCCACUAUUGAUCCCAGGCUGUUCCAAGAAUACUUCCCUGACGAACAUGGGGAACCGGCAAAAGUCAUUGAGAUCCCAGGCCGCACGUACCCCGUUACAAAACACUUCAUGGAAGAUUUCAUCCCCGCAUUGAGAAACCAUCGCGCGUUAAACUGGGUGUUCCAAGACGAUUUGGUCUCUAAAUACCUCGCUCGUGAGGAAGCUUAUGUGCAGUCUGGUGGGCGUUCAAUGGCGGCAUCUUUGCCGGGGGACCCUCGCAUGCUGAGCAGUACAGAUGAAGACCUGGAUUUACCAUCUCCCUUGGUGGCAGCUAGCAUUUCAUAUGUCUUGCAACGGUCUGACUCAGGACAUGUUUUGGUUUUCCUGCCUGGGUGGGACGAGAUAUCCGCGGUUCAGAAGAUUCUCCUUGCUGGAAGUAUGGAUAUCAACUUCAACGAUCCAUCGAAGUACAGCAUUCACCUUCUCCAUUCCACCAUUCCUCUGGCCGAACAGCAAGUCAUCUUUGAGCCCCCUCCAGAGGGUGUUCGUAGGAUUAUUCUGGCUACUAAUAUUGCCGAGACCUCCAUCACGAUUCCUGACGUUGUUUAUGUCGUUGACGCUGCGAGGAUCAAGGAGCAGCGAUACGAUCCUGACCGCCAUAUGUCGUCCCUCAUCUCCGCCUGGGUUGGUUCUUCCAACCUGAACCAAAGAGCAGGGCGGGCGGGUAGGCACCGUUCCGGAGAGUAUUUCGGAAUUCUCAGUAAGGCUCGCGCAGCCAACCUCCAUCCUCAUCCAACCGUAGAAAUGAAACGCGUCGACCUAAGCAAUGUGGUCAUGCACGUCAAGGCUCUCAGUUUCCCUGGGAUGGAAAUUGAAGAAGUUCUCGCUGCCGCCAUCGAACCCCCCGAACCUGACCGUGUCGCCGCCGCCAUGAAGAACCUACAGAUGGUGGGUGCGCUGGAUCAAGGCAAGAACCUCACGUCGCUGGGAAAGGUUCUAUUACAACUACCUGUAGAAGUUCAGAUGGGAAGGCUCGUCCUUUACGGAAGCUUUUUCCGGUGUCUCGACCAGGCCCUUACUCUCGCCGCCAUUCUGACCAAUCGGGAUCCGUUUGUCUCCCCUAUGCACCUUAAGGGUCAGGCUGCUGCCGCGAAAAUCAGAUGGUCGCCCAUUGGGUUCAGAUCGGACCCGCUUACCAUAUUGAAUGCCUAUAACGCGUGGUACGAGAUGCAGCGUCGCGGCGAGUAUAUGUCUGCCAAUCGCUUCUGUGGCGACAACUUCCUCUCCAAGCCAACGCUACUCUUGAUUACCAAGAUCCGGGGGCACCUGAUGCAGUCUCUUUACCAAGCAGGAGUCAUUGAUGUAUCUGCGGGUGGGAAUGUCGCACAAACCGACUCUCGAAGCCGGGAGCUGACCGUGCCCCCCGACCUGAACAUUAAUGGCAAAUCUCUUCCUCUCCUAGCUGCUCUGAUAGCAAUAGCUUCCCAGCCAAAGUAUGCUGUCAGGACCGGCGAGAUGACAUACCGCACCCAGCUGGACAAGGCGACCUUUAUCCAUCCAGGCAGCGUGAAUCACCGCAAGCACGUCGUUAGAAGUGACCAGGCUAUGGAAAAGCAGCUUUACGCUUUUGCUGAAAAACGACAGAAUUUGUCGAUGGUCGGCUCCAGUCCUCAAACGUAUCUGAUUACCACGACCCGCCUGGACCCUAUGACCUAUAUGCUCUUUGGCGCUUACGAGAUCCAAGUCACGGAACGGGGAUUGGAGUGCGACGGCUGGCUUCCAAUUGUUGGGAAUCUCGAUGUAUUGGAUGACAUUCAACGUUUGAAGACCGUCAUGGAGUCUUGUAUGCUUCGAGUGUUUGAGGGCAUUGUGAUGGCUCGACGCAAGAGGCGUCAACCACCAAGUCCCCAGAUUUCGGUUCGCGAGGAGAACGAGACCGAAUGUGAAGACACCCUCAACAAAGACUGCACCCUCUCUAUCACAGAGAUCAAAGAGCUAGAUUUUAUGACGACAGAUAUAGUGCGAAUCCUCAACCGUUACAGCGACGAGCGUAUUGCGUCUCAAUCCCAGUCCAGCUCUCGCACUGCGACUCCCAUGGCUUCGCCGAGCUUCCCUUCCCCGCGACUUCUCCCCUUUGAACCCAGGUCUGGGUACUCCACUCCAUACGGUGUCGGGUCAGCGUACAACUCAAGGCCCGGUACACCUAGCUAUCGUCUAUCCAGUUCACGCAGAUUUUAG